AUGAACAGAUCGGGUGCCCAAAAACACUCGACACUGGUAGGGGAGGAGAUUCUAGGAGAUAUACAUAGGGAAGAGGAGGAAGAAAAAGAAGGUGGAGGCAAAAGAGAGGAAGGUUCCUCGGCAGAAAUUGUAGAGAAUGCAGAAGCAGAAGCCGAAGGAAAGAAAGAAAGCCAAGGGGAAGCAGGAUGGCAGGAUAUAGAAGAAAGCAUCCUGGCAACUUUUCUGUUCGAUGAGGCGGAAAGAAUCGAAAUGCAACAAGUAAAAAAAAGAAAGGGGGAUAGUCUGGAGAUUAAUGAGAAAUUUAAGAAGGAGAAAUUAGAAGAGAGUAAGAAAUACUCUGAAGAAACGGAUAAAGAGAGGGUCCAGAGGAAGAUAAGGGAGAUGCUCGAUAUCCUAAACACGGAUGGAUCCAUAGAACAAGAGAGGAUUAGAAUGAAGAAGCUACUGGGGGAAAUAAACACGAUUCAAAAUAAAACCAGCCAUAUCCAAGUGUCAAAAGGAGAGGAAGAAGAGAUAAAAUGCGAGCAAUGUCAAUUAAAAGUAGAACAAGACAGGCAGAGAAAGGAGACAGAAAAAAUAAUAGGGAUCCUAAAGAAAGGGGAGACUCAAACGCCUUUAGCCAAAUCUACAAAAAGAAAUGGGAAGAAAAGGUCUUUGAAAAAACGAAGUGGGAACAAGGUGGACUACAGGAAACGGUGGAAAAGAAAGAAUGCUUAA